UAACAAACUUUUUAAUUUCAUAUUGCGCGUCAGACGAAACAUUUGCGGCUAAAAACUUCGCCCUUUCCAUGCGAUCACGUGAUCGUUUACAUCACGUGACAAUGAAACCGUGGCAUAUUUCAAAGUUUUGUGUCUGUCAAGUUAUCGCGUCUCACGGGUCAGUAUCUGUAAACACCCAUUUGUUUAUACCUGUAAAUGUGUAAACACUAAUUGUUUAUAACACAUGCAGCCAUAUGAUUCAAGCGACGAUGAGGUCACUGACGAUUUACUCCAAAAGAAGAAAUCAACUGCCAGAAGGAGUUUAGAAAGUCAGUUUUCUGCAGCAAGCGAUAAACAGCAGACGCUUGUCUGUCUCGACAUAGAAGAAAACGUUCCGCUUCAAAAUGUCCGGCUUCAAAAUGAAGUGCAGCCAUCAUCAUCAUCAUCGUAUGAAAGCACCAAGUUGCCGUGGCGCACACCCAGUUUCUGUGCUGCGGUGUCCGAAUCGUCCAGCUCCUUGCUGGAUCUCGAUCCAGGAUGGCAGAGUUCCGAGUGCAGAAUGCUGGACGAACUACCAAGGAAGAAAUCGAAGACCAGGAGCAUAGCCACCCUGCCAUCCACGCCACGCACCCCCGUUCCAAAGCAGACCAGCACCCCGGGGUCAGGUCCGACAAUCACAGCACACUCCGACGUGCAUAUCAGUAUAUCCAAUGAUUCUGUAGCCAUCUGUCGUAUUUGUCAUGAAGGGGAAACACAUGAAAGUCUUCUGUCACCAUGCUACUGUGCUGGCUCAGUAGGAAUGCUUCAUCUGAGUUGUCUGGAGCGGUGGUUGGGUACGUCAAACACAUCACGCUGUGAAAUCUGUAAAUACGAAUUCAAAGUACGACGGAUACCGAGAUCUGUUUGGGAUUUCCUCCAGCACUCGAGGUCUGGUUCUGAGCGUAAGAACAUGAUCUGCGACCUGGCGUGUUUCGUGGUGCUCGCCCCACUGACGGUCCUCAGCGCCUACCUGUGUCUGAACGGCGUCAGCUACUACUCCAAGUGGAACGACCGCUGGGAGGUGCCCGGGCUCAUCUGUCUCACUGUCAGCCUGCUCGUCAUCUUCGUCAUCUGGUGCACUAUUGCCGUCCGACACCAUAUGAUGAUUCUUGUUAACUGGAGGAAACAAAACCAGGUGAUAAAGAUCAUCUACCUCUCACCAGUGAAAGGCAAGACCCUCCUAAAAGCGUCUCCCAUGCUGGACCGGAAUGAAAACCAUGUCCAGUUGCCACCAUCUACUCGGGCAAACGUCUCUGGCUCAAGGCAGUCGACUUCCUCCCAUGUGUCACGUACAUACUCUCAUCUGUCGCGUACACCCUCUCAUGUGUCACGGUCGUACAACGUCACUGUGUCACUGACCCCACUGCAUGCCGGCGACGCGUCGACAUCCUACCGCGCGGCGAUGCUGAGGCCCAUUCUGCGAUACUCGACCAAUGUGGAAGCGUACAGCUAUCGGUCGGAUCUCGAAAACACAGCCGCCUCGAUGAUGCAUACAGUCACGUGGACGUCAGGGGAGAACACGAUCAGUCUGACAAGUCCUCUGGUGAGGACCACGUCAAGUAUUAGCCAUUCCUCGCAUGUUGGUAAAGAAACAUACAUAUAGAGAAUCAAAGAGCAUGCAAAGAGAGGACUAAAUUUUGUGUUAGCCAGUGCUCUCAUGUUGGUAAAGAAACAUACAUGUAGAGAAUCAAAGUGCACGCAAAGAGAGGACUAAAUUUUGUAUUAGCCAGUCCUCGCAUGUUGGUAAAGAAACAUACAUGUAGAGAAUCAAAGUGCAUGCAAAGAGAGGACUAAAUUUUUUAUUAGCCAGUUCUUGCAUGUUGGUAAAGAAACAUACAUGUAGAGAAUCAAAGCGUACACAGAGGACUAAUUAGUGUUUAGGUCAGUCUUGGCAUGUUGGUAAAAAAAAACCAUACGUAUAAAGCAUCAAAAUGCAUUUAAAAAGGAUUAGUAUUUAGUAUGUCUAUUAGCUAGUCCUCACAGGUGUGUGAAGUAAUAUCCAUAUUAACAGGUCUGCAUACUGGUAAAGAAAACAAACCAAAAACAAAAAUGAGAGGGAACCAGUAAAUAUAAUUUAUUAGCCAGACCUUAUAUGGUAAAAAAAACAUGGAGAAGAUUAAAUAAUGUAUUAGCCCGUCCUUACUCAUUUGUAAGAGAAAACCCCAAAAAAACUUAAGUAAAGAGGACCAUUUUAUAUUCUAGCCAGUCCCCCUGCACUUGUAAAGAAAUGUAUAUAUGAGUACAAAUUUAACAUGGAAAAAGCCAUCCCUCACCGAUUGUUAUGCUAAUUAGAUGGUCUAAUUAACAUGGCCAGUCACUUACCAUGUAGCAAGAGGUGUAUAGCUGGAAUAAAAUCCUUUGUUAUUUAGUAAAUUUGGACUGAUGCUUAAGUUAGCAAAUGUAUUUCAUAUUGAAUGUGUUGGAAAGCUAACUUAUUGUUAUUUCUGUUUUACUGUAUUGAAAUUCUGUUUGUUUUAAAAAGAAGAAAAAAUUAUGUUAAAACCUGUAAAAUUAAAGAUUUACCACAAAUUAAUUGAGUCCACUAAAUUUCAUCUCUAGUAACUAUAUUUCAGCUAAUUCUAUAACUUUUCUCGAUCUUGUCUUAACUUUUUCAUAUUGAUUUGGUAAUAAUUUUUUAUAGAAUCUAUAUCACUGUUGUGACGUAUAGAUAAGGCAAUUGCAACCCAAAGGACAAAAUGCUUUUUGUGAGGGCCGAGGUUUACCCCCAUCCUUCACAAAAUCCUUUAUCCUAUGUUGCUCCUGCAAAUAAUUAAUGAAAGGGAACCUGCCCUUAUUUUCCCUGAAAAAAAGCUUGCCAAGCAAAGAAAGGAGUGGAAAUGCUGUAACUAUUAGGGUCGAAUUUACAAAGCCUGUUUUUGUUAAAAACGCAGGUGUUUAAGCAUUGUAAAUUUAUAUAGUUACACGUGUGUAAGUUAUAAACAGGCUUUGUAAAUUCUGCCGCUAAAGUUUGAAAAUAUAAGAUGCACAGAACUAAACAUUGGUAGGGUGCCAGAUCAUCAUUAAUUAUGUUAAAUUACACAAUGCCAAUUGCCUAGUAAUUUUUGUUGUAUUGUGAAGAAAAUGUAAUGGCUGCAAACUGUACUGUUAAUAUUUCUGUUCAUUCUUUUUAUCUGGUUAUUUUCCAUUCUGUUUGGGGGGUUUUCAAAAAAUAUUUUGCAUUUGAUAAUUUUGAAAACAAAUAGAUUCAAACAGAUUUUUGAAGGAAUGUUGAAAUAUAUAUAUUACUGACUGUGAUAUUUUCAUAAUGUAAAUAAGAAAUGAUUUUCCUUUAUGUAAAUGUUAUAAUACAUAUUUGUGUUAUGUCAUGCAUGUACAUACAUGUACUAUUAUGUACUUUGAAAAACAAAUGCUGGCAUUUUCGUAUCCAUAUUAAUAUUUAUGUUCCAUAUAUGCACAUGUUUCAAUCAGUAUUGUUAUUAAAACAAUACAACGAUGUUCUUAAA